UGCACUAUACAGUUCAAUACUAUGCUUUAUGUCAGGUAAUGGAAGCUGUGUGUGUAAUGCUGGACCUCAAGCCAGAGAGGAAGCCAGACCCUAAUGGCUCAGGAAAAAUGAUUGAGGACUAUUGGGCACCAUCUCAGAAGCUGUUGGGGGAUAUGAAGUUCCUCCAGAACCUGCUGCACUAUGACAAAGAAAACAUUCCCACAAAGAUUAUCACUCACGUCCGCAACGAGUUCUACUCUCACCCGGAUUUUGACCCAAAGAAGAUACGUAUGGUAUCAAUGGCUUGUGAGGGCCUCUGCCGAUGGGUGAGGGCCAUGGUUGUCUAUGAUCAAGUCAUAAAGAUUGUCGCCCCCAAGAAACAAGCUUUGGAGGCUGCCAACCAUGAACUGGCCCCCCAGAAUGAAAAGCUAGAGGAAAAGAGGAAGGAACUCAGAGAGGUAAUGUGUGAACCGAGAAAGAUGUGUGAAAUAAAAGACAUUGCAUGUAGAACCAUUUCAACAUAUAGAAUUACUGUAUGGUAGACUUAGUCAUCAUUAUAUUAUGAAGACUACUAUU